AUGGAUCUCCAUCCUGGAACUGGAGAUGCAACUACAUCCACGGUGGAAGGUCCGGACCAAGCGCAACAGGAUUCUCACGAGGAUGGGGUUGGCGCGAACACCGGCGCGAAUGCAAACGUGUACCCCACUCCAGUGAAUUAUGAGAUCCUUGUGCAUACAUUUCAAGGUCAGCUGAACAACAUGCUGCUGGAUCAAGCGCGAAUGAACGCGCAGCUAGCUGAGCUGAUGCGUACCAUGCAAGAUUGGUCUCGGGAACACGAAAGGAUCGUGCAGUUGCUGCGCAGGAUCCAAGAAAUUAUGGACCCGGAGUUCGCGCCGGGAAUGCCGUUGCACGGCUUCCGUGCGCCUUAA